CGCUGUAAGCCGCUGUCGCUUUGUUACUUGGAAGCAAUUCACUCUCGAAAUGGCCUUCGCACUUUCCAGCAAGCCAGCUGCUGUUGUGGUCAGCCGCUCGGCGACCACCAAAGCUCAUGCUCCGGCCAUCAUUCGCGCCGGCGUGCGCUGCAGCACAAAGGCCCGCCGUAACCUGGUGGUGAGCAAUGUCGCAGCCCCGGCUAAGGAGCAGUGGAACAUCACCAUUCACGGAACCGGCCCCGAGCGUGCUGACCUUCCCAAGCUUAUUUCCAAGGAGCAAGUCGAGGCCCUCGAGGCUGAGCUGGACCAGGGCGCCUCCAUCGCCGCUCUGCGCCGCUUCAACGACAACUUGCGCAACAUCCCCGCGGACCGCUGGGAGGCUGUGCUGCGCCCCGUGUUCAACGAGCUGUGCUUCAACUUGGAGUCCUUCAACCCCGCCUUCACACACUGCCUGCUGAUGGUCCAGCGCACCAUUGGCGUGUCCGACUACGUGCGCCGCGACACGGCGCUCAAGAACCUGAUCCAGCCGCUGGCCGGGGAGUACGGCAUGCAUAACGGCCAACCGCAACUCAAGACCCACCGUGAGCUCUUCUCCGACUUCUUCGCCUCCCUCUUCGGCUACCCGCUGCCGCAGCUGCUGGCCGACACCCCCCAACCGCCCCCCGCAGCAGCGGCCAUGUUCGAGGCCAUGAUGCGGGAUAUCGGCAGCGCGGGGGGGCGGGCGGGGGCGGGGGCCAUGGAGCAGGCCAGCUACGCGCUGGGUUACAACCUGGCCAUCGAGUACCUUGCGGACUAUGAGAAGACCUGGAUGCUGGACUCCUUCCGGCAGCUGGCCGCCCGCGUGUUCCCGCACAAGACCGUGGACUGGGUGUUCCUGGAGGUGCAUGCGGAGGGCGAGGCGGAGCACGCUGCCAUCGGCCACAGCGCGGUGCUCAGCCUGGUUCCGGAGGCGCAGGUGGGGGUGGUACGACAGGCCAUGCGCGACCACGACCGCGACUUCGCCGCCUUUUACAACCACCUGGCGGACCUGCUGGCAGCGCAGCAGUAGGGGGUGUGCGGUGGGCGUGCGGGGCGCGUGUGUGUGUGUUUGGGGGGGGGUUGUGU